UCUUUCACAGGGUGCAAAGCCAAGGUGAUAUACACACCGCGAUGAACAGGAAGGUUAGCGCUGUAAUUAAGACACGGUCGGGAGAGUCGAACCAUCCGCAGCCGGUGAUCGAGCUGGCUCAGCGGGGACAGGCUGCAACUCUGGAGAGAGGAAUGGGUGACGUUUCGUGUCGAGACCCUUCUUCAGACGGGGGUGUGUAAUCUUUGCCUUGAGCCGACCCUUGCCUUCACUGGGACAGGAGGCGGUGAUCGCUCCCCGGCGCCACGCCGAGGCCGCUCGCGACAGCUCUCGCGAAACUUCAGCGAGGCGCUCGCGCGUCUUAAAACGAAAGUCGGUUAAAAAAAUCCGGGCGCAGAUUCGAAAAUGGAAUCCCGCUGACCUCGAGCCGGUGGGCCCCGGUUUCCAUGGUAACACGGCCUAAAAUCCCCUCCCCCUCCACAUAGGCACAAAAAAAAGCGCUCCAACCAUCGGCAUAUUCUUCCUCAGCAGAACGAGCUUUGCCUGCACAAAGGAAUGGAGUCUUUGUAACGUCGCCGAGGGAAGAUGUGCGAAGGACAAAUGUUUGCUUAGAAACAUUUUGAAGAAAUGGCGACAAACGGGUCUGCAUUCUGUCUUAACACUUCACAAGAAGAUCAAAUGUGGCCGUCAGAGCACGAAAGUCAGGUGAAACCCAAGCCACUUUUACUUACGCUGUUGAAGUUUGCAGGUGCGCAGAAUGAAACCUUCACAGUAAAGGAGGUAAUGCACUACUUAGGACAAUAUAUAAUGACUAAGCAAUUGUAUGAUGAAAAGCAACAGCAUAUCGUUCAUUGUUCAGAUGAGCUGCUCAGUCAAUUGUUUGGAGUGCAGAGCUUUUCGGUGAAAGAACCACGGACAUUGUAUACAAUGCUAUCAAAAAAUUUGACAUCUGCAAACCAUAAAGAUUCUAUGAAUGAUCUCAGUCUUGGGAAGGAGAUUACCAACCAUCUUGGGGGUGAAGAUUGUCUAAUGACACGUAGACCAAUUGAUGGGAAUGCAUGUACAUCUUACAAUGUUUCGUGUUCUCCUGUCCCGAGAAGAAGAUCCUACUCUGGUGACUCUGAUAAUGCAAUUUCAUCUGAUGAGCAAUUGAACAAUAGACAUCGAAAACGCCAUCGUUCAGAUAGCAUUUCCCUCCAUUGGGAUGAUCUCUCUUUGUGUCUGAUAAGCGGGCUGCAUCAUGAACAUGGAAACAGCGAAUCGUCAAAUUCUCCCAGUCGUCUGGAUCUUCAUUUUGCUACAGAAGGGGAAGACUCCAGUGACAAGUUCAGUGUUGAGUUUGAGAUUGAAUCAAAUAAUUCUGCAGAAUAUAACAAUAUCAGUGAGGAUUCACAAGACCCAAGUGAUGACGAGGUUUAUGAAGAUGCUAAUUGUGAACCUGCUGACAGCGAUGAAGGCAUAGUUAUUGAAGAAAUUGACCCAGAAAUGUCUGUAGCUGAUUAUUGGAAAUGUUCGAAAUGUGAAGAGCUGAAUCCUCCACUACCGCGAUUCUGUCACCGAUGUUGGUCCGUUCGCCAAGACUGGCUUCCAGAUAAACCUAAACUUAAACGGUGCGACACAGUGGAGAAUGAAGGGAUUGAUGUUCCUGAUUGCAAAAAACCAUUGCUUGAGAGUAAAGAAUCAAACUGUUCAGAUUUGAUCAGUGAAAUUUCUCACUACUCGGAGUCGCAAGAAACUGAAUGUUCACAACCAUCUACAUCUGGAAGCAUUACCUGUUGCAGCCAGGAAACUGAAAAUGCAGACAAGGGAGAUAAAGGAGAGCUCAACAAUUUGGGAUCUUUGGAAGCUUGUGUUAUAUGUCAGACACGGGAAAAGAAUGGUUGUAUUGUUCAUGGGAGAACUGGCCAUCUUCUUGCAUGUUAUGCUUGUGCAAAAAAACUGAAGAAGAGGAACAAACCUUGUCCAUUGUGCAGAGAGCCAAUCCAAAUGGUUGUGUUGACCUAUUUUAGUUAAAUAUAUUUAUAAUUGGUCUGGUUUAACUUUACAUAAUGCACACUGUUGAGAAUAUUCAAGUGAACAAAUGCUCAAAUCAUACCCCGUAUCAUAUAGUUUCAAGAUUUUGUUGUUAUAUCCCAUUAUUACCGUGAUCAUUGGAAAACCUAGUCCAGUAAAAGUAAAAAAAGUAAUUUAUAAGGUUUUGGGUAAUUAUAAUUUUCAGCAAUUUUAAUAGAAUUGGGAUCCUGUUGUGAUACUCCAUUUAGCAGGAUUGUACACACAAGUUCCAGUUAUAAUUCAUUGUUCUCAUCAUUUACAAAUUUAUCAUGUUUUGCUCUGUUAAGGUCAAUACUUUAUUGAAAUGCUACAGGCAUCACAUUUUUGUUAACUAGUUAAAUCCAAAAUUAUAGCAUGAGAACAUAUCCAAGUUACUGGUAAUAUGUUCAGUUUAAUUUCUAAACUCAUCCAAAAAUAAUUUUUGAGCUUUUACUUGUGUAAACUCUUUCACAUAUGAAAACAUUUCAUUAUCAACGAGGUACUUUUGACAUUCAGCUACUGUUAAAAGGGAAGUAUUUAUUGUGUUGAUUUAGAAAUUUGUGGUCAUAAGUAUCGAUAAAGAUUUCUAAUAACA